AUGUCGCACCAGGAGAUGGCGCAGUUCGUGAAUGAGCUGGAAGACAUCUUUCAUGCCAUCCAUGCUGGGGUCAGCGAAGACUAUGCCGUCGCCUUGCCCGCCAUCACCUACAACCUCUGCGUCAGCCUGGGCUACGAGGACGAGGAUGAGCUGGAGGAGGCCCUUGGAGGCCCCUUGGUCGACUUUUUGGCGGCGCUGCCGCAUUUUGACGUGCAGUGGCCUGCCGAGAGUGGCGAGGAAGCCGGUUCAGAGAUCCGCGUUCUCAUGAGACCGGUGCCCAAGGAGGAUGAUCUCCGGCCGGGCAUGGGCCAGUCCCUCACCUUCACCGUCUCAGAGCGCGAGGACCUGUGGCGGGUGGUUCUGCUCGGGCCUCGUGCACAGGUGGAGAUCCCGGAGAUCGAGUUCUUGUUUCAACCGAAGAACCGACGAUGUGUCGACACGGUUUACAACUUGAUAGCUUCUGCCGUCUUCAACUUGGGCGACCAUGUACAGAAAAAUCGCCGCAUGGGUGGCGCUAUCAGCGAGGAGGAGCUGCUUCUGAUCUGUGAGAAGAUCGACCAGCUAAACACCCUGCUGGACAUGGAGCAGCCUUUCACCAUCCGUGUACAAGACAAGCAAGGCCUCUCCGAGUUCAAGCCCUCUAACGGCGUGGUGAUCUUGCCUGUGGCAGAUGACGCCCCACCGCUGGGCGAAGACUACGACUAG